AUGGAAGUUAUUUCAAUAAAUAAUACAAAUUGUAAUAACAUCAAUAAUAAUAUUGAUAAUACUAAUAUUGAUACUAAUAGUAUUCAUAAUAAAAAUAAUAUUGAUAAUAAUAUUGAUAAUAAUAAUAUAGAUAAUAAUAGUAUUGGAAAUAAUAAUAAUAAUAUUGAUAAUAAUAAUAAUAAUAUUGCUAAUAAUAAUAUUAAUAAUAUUAAUAAUAUUGAUAAUAAUAUUGAUAAUAACAAUAAUAUUGAUAAUAACAAUAAUAAAAAUAAUAGUAACAAUUAUAAUAAUAUUGAUAAUAAUAAUAAUAAUAAUAAUAAUAAUAAUAAUAAUAAUAAUAAUAAUAAUAAUAUUGAUAAUUAUAAUUUAGUUAAUAAUAAUAAUAAUAAUAAUAAUAAUUCAGAAAUAUCAACCCCAAAUUUUCCAUAUAAUAAUAAUAAUUUAACAAAUUUAAAUUCAGAUAAUAAUAUUGGUGUUCAAGUUAUUUUUGAAAAUAUUUCUUAUAAAACUGAAAAUAGAAAUUAUAAAAAACAAAUAAAAGAUGAAAAAAAAAGAAAAAAAAAAUUGGAAAUGGAAAGAUCUAACUCUUCUAACUCAAAUUCAUCAUAUGAUGUUGAAUCUUCAGCAUCAGGUUUACAAACCCCACAACAAUCAAGAUCAUCGAUUUUACCAACAAAUAGUUUAAAUAUUUCAAAAAUUGAUCAAUCAAUGAAUCCACAACAAACAAGAUCAACAACAAAUGGUAAAAUUGAAAAGGAAAUUACAAUUCUUUCAAAUGUUAGUGGUAUAAUUGAAAAAAGUGAAAUGGUUGGUUUAUUUGGUCCUUCUGGUAGUGGUAAAUCAACAUUAUUAGAUAUUCUUGCAAAUAGAAAAUCAACUGGUACAAUUAGUGGUAAAAUUUUAGUUAAUGGUAAAGAAAUUGGAGAUGCAUAUAAAAAGUAUUGUUCUUAUGUAACUCAAGAUGAAAUAUUAUUACAAACUUCAACAGUUGAAGAAACUUUAAAAUUUCAUGCAGAUUUAAGAUUACCAGGUUUAAGUGAUCAAGAUAAAUGGAAAGUUGUUGAACAAGUAAUAAAAGAUAUUGGUUUAACAAAAAAAUCAAAAUCAAAAAUUGGUGGUAUUUUACCUGGUGGUAUGAUUGUAAAAGGUUUAUCAGGUGGUGAAAAGAAAAGAGUUUCAAUUGGUUGUGCAUUAGUUACAAAUCCAUCUUUAUUAUUUUUAGAUGAACCUACAAGUGGUUUAGAUUCAUUAAAUGCUUUAAAAGUUAUGAAAGUUUUAAUGAAUUUAACCGUAAUUAAAGGUGUAACUGUAAUUUGUUCAAUUCAUCAACCACGUCCAGAAAUUUAUCAUUUAUUUAAUAAAAUUAUGAUUAUGUUAAAAGGUAGAAUGAUUUAUUGUGGUAAUGAUGUUUUAAAUUAUCUUUCAUCAUUACCAAAUCAAUAUCAAUGUCCAAACUAUACAAAUCCUGCAGAUUUCAUAUUGGAUACAUGUCAUGAAAUUUCCGAAUGUGAUCAUUAUGAAGAAAUUUGUGAAUCAUGGGAAACCAAUUGGAGAGAUAAUAUGUUGGCAGUUUCAAGAAUUCAACCUUUUAAUCGUUCAAUUGAACCAAAUAAAAGUUGCUCAUUACUAUAUCAAUAUAAAAUUUUAUUGAAUAGAAAUUUCAAAGAUUUCUUUAGAAAUUCAACUCAAUAUAUUACACGUUUAUCUGGUGGUUUUAUGAUUGGUUUAUUAUUUUCCGCCUGUUUUGGUACAUUAUCACCAAGUCAAGAGGAUGUUUUAAAAAUUUCUGGUAUUUUAUUCUUUUUAAUUGCAGUUUUAAACUUAAUACCAUUUACAUGUAUUACAUUGUUCUUAUCAAAUCGUGAAGUUUUCAAUUCAGAAAGAGCUUCAAAAAUUUAUCAUUCUCUACCAUUUUAUCUAUCAACAAUUACAACUGAAGCAUUUAUUCAAUUUUUGGUUUCCUUAAUCGUAUCAUUACUAGUUUAUACAAUUAAUCAUUUAAGAUGGAAUUUUUCAAGCUUUUUCAUUACUUAUUUCAUUUUAUAUUUAAUUAAUUUAUUAUCAGAUUUAUAUAUUAUUGCAAUCUCUAAUAUAACUGGUAAAUCUGAUUUAACUUUUAUUUAUGGUACAACAAUUUCAAUUACUUUUUUACUAUUUAUGGGCCAUUUAGUUCCUGUGAAACAAUUACCAAAAAGUUUUGGUUGGAUCCAUUGGUUAAAUCCUUUAUACUAUGGUUAUGCAACUGUAAUGGUCGCUCAAUUUAAAGAUUAUCCAUUAGAAUGUCCAAAUGAUUUUUGUCAAUUCCCAAAUGGUAAUGAUGUUUUAAAAUUUUAUAAUCUUGAAGAUUGGACACUUCAAAAAGGUAUUGGUAUUAUUAUAUUGUGGAUUUGUUUCUUUUUUGUAAGUGGUUAUUGGGCAAUUUCAAAAUUAAAUAAAGAAAAAAGAUAA